CGCGGACCCCCGGGAUGCUGCCGAGGUUGCUGCAGCCGCCGGCGGCGUAGCAGAGCCGAGCCUACUGCUGAGAGAGGCUGAACAAAGCUGGGUCUCAAUCGCGCUUCCUGCUUGUCAGCCUCUUGCCUCCCAAGCGCUUGUCGUUUCCACUUGAUGUCAUCACGCAGAAGGGGGUGAAAGGGACACGUGACAGAUUCAGAAAUUAGCACAUGUGUGAAUGCUGGAUGCCCGGAGAGCUUGCUGAUUUCCUGUUGACCUUGAGAAGACAAAUCCAGAGAGGUGACAUUUGAGAACCAGCUCUUCCAACUUCCUGUUUGGCUCCGCCCCUUGGCUCUUGGUCCACCAUGGAGACACUCUCCCAGGAUUCCCUGCUGGAAUGUCAGAUCUGUUUUAAUUAUUACAGCCCCCGACGAAGGCCCAAGUUACUGGAUUGCAAGCACACCUGCUGCUCAGUAUGCCUCCAGCAGAUGAGGACCAGCCAGAAGGACGUAAGGUGCCCCUGGUGCCGAGGCAUCACCAAGUUGCCCCCAGGCUUCUCUGUAUCACAGCUGCCGGAUGACCCCGAGGUCUUAGCAGUCAUCGCCAUACCACACACUUCAGAGCACACCCCAGUCUUCAUCAAACUUCCAAGCAAUGGGUGCUACAUGCUGCCCCUGCCCAUUUCUAAGGAGCGCACACUUCUGCCGGGAGACAUGGGCUGCCGCCUGCUGCCAGGGAGCCAGCAGAAGUCUCUCACCGUGGUGACCAUUCCUGCAGAACAGCAGCCCCUGCAGGGUGGAGCUCCCCGGGAGGCCGUGGAGGAGGAGCCUGACAGACGGGGCGUGGUGAAGAGUUCCACGUGGUCUGGCGUGUGCACUGUCAUCCUGGUGGCCUGUGUUUUGGUCUUCCUCCUGGGCAUUGUGCUCCACAACAUGUCCUGCAUCUCUAAGCGCUUCACGGUGAUCUCCUGUGGUUGAAGCCCUUCACAGGGAUGCCUCUUGCGGGUGCCAACUUAGGGGGUGAGCAGGUGUUGGUGAUGGGAUCCCUGUGAUGAGAUGGGGGUGACACUGAGCUUUUGGUGCAAGUG